ACAGGGGCAGGACGGGUGGCAAACAGCGGGUAGGACAGGUCAUCCCCGUCUGCACCACCGGACCACAGACAAACGGCUGCCCUCCGUCUGUGCCUGAAGGACAGGCUUUUAAAACACCAUGAACGGGCCAAUCGUGCCGCUGACCUUCUGGUAACAGCCCUGAAAAUGCCCUAUGCAAGCUGCACUGUGCUAGAAGAUGGCGGAGUCGGACGGUGGGGAUUUUGCUUCGAAACAUCCGCAGAACAGUAUGGCUAACAAGAAUAGCACCCUGCGCUGUACUUUCUCGGCCCCGAGCCACAGUGCCACCCUCCUUCAGGGCUUGUCAGUCUUGCGGGCUCAGGGCCAACUACUUGACGUUGUACUGGCCAUCAAUGAGGAGCGCUUCCAGGUCCACAAAGCUGUGCUGGCUGCCUGUAGUGAUUACUUCAGAGCAAUGUUUACCGGAGGCAUGAGGGAGUCAAAUCAGGAUACCAUUGAGCUGAAGGGUUUGUCCGCACGUGGGCUAAAGCAUAUUAUCGACUUUGCCUACAGUGCAGAAGUCACAUUAGACCUGGACUGUAUUCAGGAUGUCCUCGGAGCAGCUGUGUUUCUUCAGAUGGUCCCAGUCGUGGAGCUCUGCGAGGAGUUUCUCAAGUCAGCCAUGAGCGUGGAGACCUGCCUGCACAUCGGCCAGAUGGCCACCACCUUCAGCCUGUCUUCCCUCAAGGAAUCGGUGGAUGCCUUCACCUUUCGUCAUUUCCUCCAAAUUGCUGAGGAGGAGGACUUCCUGCACAUCCCCAUGGAACGCCUCGUCUUCUUCCUGCAGAGCAACAAACUGAAGAACUGUAGUGAGAUCGAUCUCUUCCACGCCGCCAUCAGGUGGCUCCAGUAUGACGAGUGUCGCCGGGCUCAAGCCAGUAGUGUCCUCUGCCAUGUCCGCUUCCCGCUCAUGCGCUCCUCAGAGCUGGUGGACAGUGUUCAGACGGUGGACAUUAUGGUGGAAGAUGUGUUGUGCCGGCAAUAUCUCCUUGAGGCCUUCAAUUACCAGAUCCUUCCCUUCCGACAGCACGAGAUGCAGUCCUCGAGGACUCUCAUUCGCUCUGACGUCAUGUCACUCAUCACCUUUGGUGGGACGCCCUACACUGACAACGACCGCACAGUGAGCACCAAGGUGUUCCAUCUCCCUGACAUCACUUACCGCCAGUUCAAAGAGCUGACAGAGAUGGAGGCAGGGUGCAGCCAUGCUUGCGUGGCCGUACUUGAUAACUUUGUGUACGUUGUCGGGGGACAGCACCUACAGUACCGCAGCGGCGAGGGAGCGGUAGACAGCUGUUUCCGCUACGACCCACACCUCAGCCAGUGGAUACGUAUCCAACCCAUGCAGGAGGCGCGUAUCCAGUUUCAGCUCAACUUGCUGCAGGGACAGCUGUAUGCCACCGGGGGGCGCAAUCGAUCUGGCAGUCUUUCAUCAGUGGAGUGUUACUGCCCAAAGAAGAAUGAGUGGACUUAUGUAGAACCAUUAAAACGCAGGAUUUGGGGUCAUGCAGGGACUCCCUGUGGAGAAAAGCUGUAUAUCUCAGGGGGUUACGGCGUCUCAUUGGAUGACAAGAAAACUCUUCACUGCUAUGACCCGGUAUCAGACCAGUGGGACUUUAGAGCUCCCAUGAAUGAACCCAGAGUGUUGCAUGCCAUGAUCAGCACCGGGGAUCGGGUUUAUGCUCUGGGCGGUCGCAUGGACCACGUGGACCGUUGUUUUGAUGUGCUUGCGGUCGAGUAUUACAGUCCAGAGAACGACCAGUGGACCACUGUCAGUCCCAUGAGAGCAGGGCAGUCUGAGGCAGGCUGCUGCUUGCUGGACAGGAAGAUCUACGUCGUUGGAGGCUACAACUGGCACCUGAACAAUGUCACGAGCAUCGUGCAGGUGUACAACACAGAGACAGAUGAGUGGGAGAGGGACUUGCACUUCCCAGAAUCUUUUGCGGGCAUUGCUUGUACACCGAUUAUACUUCCACAAAACACUGUCUGACCUGUGACUGUGAAGAUUUUUUUCCUUGUGCCCUUUCUGCUGACCAUUGAGUCAACACAAGGUGUGAACAUAAUGUAAGCUAUCGUUGUGUGUGUGAGUGUGAGUGUGUGUGUGUGUGUGUGUGAGAGAGAGGGAAUGACCUGAAAAGCUACUAGGCAGCAUUACACAGAAUGGUGUAUUAUUUUAUAUCCUUGUUUUGGGAAAGAUGUGUCUAAUCAAGAGGCAGACUUCCGUCGAAAUGAGCAAAUUAUAAUAUGAAAACUCCAAAGGGUUUUUAUGUUGGGACACUUAUGAUACAGACACAAGCUUUUGAAUCAUAGGUUAUGACAGUUCGUCAGUAUUCACCAACACAUUUAAUACGUUCCAGUGGAAAAGCCUUUAGCAAGAUAUGUGAGUGUGUAAUUUCCUGUUUGAAUUCAGUAACAGAUUUACUACUAUAUUAUUGCCAGUAUGUUUUUCAGUCAUAAAAUAAUAUAUAAUCUGUCUUUGAUUAUUGCACACUUACCCAUUUGAAAAAUAUAAGAUCACUGGCAAAAGAACUUAAAAGAGAGAGGUUCUCUUCCAGAAUAGCAUUAGCAAAAUUUACAACAUUUUUUAUCACAAAAAUAUUCAUAAUUCAGUCAUAGUUCAAAGUUUUACCAAUCAAGGGCUUAAGUUACAAACAACACAGAUAGGCUCUUUUAUUUUAUGCUAUUAUUUUUUUCUAGUAGGUAUGACUUGGAAAUCUCAUUUUUGAAUGAAAGUCUUGAGUUAAAAUUUGCUGUGCAAAGGUAUUAAGAGACUCAAAGUUUAAAAUGUUGGACAUUUUGAUUGUACAGUUGUUGUUUUUUUAAUUUCUUGUUUAAUUAUUCAAAGAAACAAGCUAACUGGUCAUCUUACUGUUUUUACAUGUCUCGUCAAAUUUACCAAUCAACAAACCACAUAUCAAUGCACAGAACCGAUUGCACAAAUAAACACAAGUAGUGUAUGUGUCUAAACUUGGAAUCAGUUACCCCGCAUGAUGGUAUUAAUGUUUUUUUUUUUUUUUUUUGGUUGUUUGUGUGUUGUUAAUUGCUGCUGUCCCCAUGCCACCCCCCACCAAACCAGUGUGACCUCAUGAGGCAGCUAGAGAAAUCAUUAAUGCGUGUGUCCACUGGAAAUCUCAGUGUUUGCUUUUUAUGUUAAACGAGUGCUACAUGUUGCGUUCAGUACAUGUUCUGUCCAUAAAACUGCAGUAACACAGUAGCAUGUUACAUUGCAGGGGAUAAUUUUCUUCUAAAAAAUGAAGAGUUAACUUCUGAACUGUUGCUCAAACCCUCACAGAUGUCUCAUUUACAUGGAAAACUCGCUCAAACUAUCCAUUUGUCACCGCUGAUACCGGCUUGUGUUUUUAUUCGCCUGCAUUGCUGCACUUUUCAAAGCACUAUUUAUCGGUCAUCUGAUACUGCUGCUUAAGUUAUCGAUGUACUUAAUGUGUGCGUAAGGAAGAAGCAAGCUUAAAGUUCUUGUUAUUCCCUGUUAAAUGUGACCAUCUAUAUGAUGGAAAGGAGUGUCCAUUUUAAGUCUCCUGUUUGCAUUAGUGUGUCUUUGUCUUGUUCUACCUGUACCAGUAAAAGCGCAACAUAUUGUUGAAGUGCAAUAUUAAAGAAAUGGCUUUAGUCAAAGGGGAAUGUUGACAUUUGUGUAGCUUUAUUAGCAUCCUUUA